CAUACUCUCGGUAUCGUAAUCGCUAUACCUACACCAGACACGGUGUUCAGACAUAACGAGUAAGCUACCUUAACGGAGCUGUAACAAUAGGUGACGGACCAGCACGCGACCCGGUAGUAAAUACGUCCAUGGUUUAUACCGUGGUGUAGGAAUGAGUGACCAGGUACAUUAUGGACUACAGCUGACACCUGCUUCAUUUUAAAGGUAUUGUACAUGCUGACAUGACCUGUGUGGGAGUAGACGAGUAUAUCUGUAGCCGUAUACACUGAGAGUCCGGAAAUACGGAACAAUGGCAGACGAUCGGGAACCGCUGUUGCAUUCAUAUAGCGGUGACUAUAGUUACGGAUCGACGACCGAUGACGUUAAAGGCAUGGAUGUGGAGGAAGAAAGUGAUGGUACGGAUGACGAGAAAAAGAUGGACCUCCAGCGUCUUGUCGUCCUGCCAAUCAUCUUCAUCUAUAUGUUCUCGUUUGUGACAGCAUUCGCCAAUGUUAGCCAAUACGAGUACCAUGCUAUCGGUAAUUCCCUGUAUCCAAACUGGUCUAAUUGGUCUAAAGCCGACUCCAACCAAUGUCAGGUCAACCAAUCCCAACAAAACAAGGAACAAGCUCACGUUCAGGAAGCCGCGGCCCAGCUCAACAUCUACCUCUCUCUGGCUGGGGGAAUCCCCGCCAUCUUUGCCAAUCUUGUGUUUGGAACUUUCAGCGACAAGUUCGGUAGAAAGUUCUUAUUCAUCAUACCCACUAUCGGCUCAUUUCUCCGAUGUAGCAUUGUUUUGAUUAUUAUGUAUCUUCAGAUAGAUGUUUAUUUUUUCCUGAUUGCGUUCUUUAUAGAAGGCUCGCUCGGAUACUUCCUUGGAAUGUUACAGGCUAGCUAUGCCUAUAUGGCGGACAACACGGCUGCCAAUGACAAGCGAUCGUUUGCUAUCACUCUGGUUGAGGUCAGCCUCGGCCUCGGUUCUUUCCUCGGGUUUUUAGUAUCAGGGUUCCUGAUUGAAUCUAUAGGCUUCACGUGGACCAUAGUCUUUUCUGCAGGGCUGCUGGUCCUGUGUCUUAUCAUGAUCAUGUUUGUUUUACCUGAAAGUGUUCCCUCUGCUCAGAUCACAACCGACAGAUUGAAGUGUUCACAUGUUACAAAAUAUGUCGGGGUUGCUCUCUCAUUUUAUGUCAAACGAGCUCCUGGCAGGGAGAGAUGGAAGUAUAUAGUUUGUCUGAUCGUGUUUUUCUUGACAACACUGAUAAUCCUCGGACGACCGUCAGUAGAAACCCUUCUCCAGCUGGGCUCUCCGUUUUGUUGGGACCCUCUGGACAUCGGCUACUACGGCACGAUACGUAGUGGUGUCCAGCAAGUCAUCUGUCUGUUAACUAUAAAGUUGCUCCAGUUUUGUAUGAGGGACGAGGCGAUCGCCAUUCUCGGGACACUCUCUGCUACAGCGUCCCUCGUAAUGGAAGGCUUCGUCACCACGGAUACCAGCUUCUAUAUAGUACCUGUGGUAGGAGCGGGAGGCGUAUUAACCAUGCCCAUGGUCAGAGCUAUCAUGUCCAAAAUGACACCUGAUGAUAAACAAGGGGCCAUGUUUUCGGGGGCCGCCGCUCUGGAGACGAUCGGGAACAUGGUGAGCACCGUGAUCGCUAACGCCAUCUAUAAUGCCACUGUCGGCCUGUUACAAGGAUUUGUCUUCUUUGUGAUGGCGGCAUUUUCCUUCAUAUCCUGUCUAUUGUUGAUGUUUUUGCUGAUCAUUCCUCAAUGCGGCGUGAAGAAGAAAUAUAAUGUUCAGCGCGAGAUAGUGACGGUUUGAUGAUGGGUUACCUGUUAGUGUAACCGUGGUGGGUUACCUGUUAGUGUGACAGUAGGGUUACCUGUUAGUGUAGCAGUGGUGGGCUACCUGUUAGUGUGACGGUAGGGUUACCUGUUAGUGUAACAGUGGUGGGCUACCUGUUAGUGUAACAGUGGUGGGUUACCUG